AGCAGGCAGUACUCAUUCAAUGGAAAACCUUUUUUUUCUUCUUAUCUUCACUCUCAUUUUCGGCAGAAGGAAGGAGGAAUCCAUCCAUUUUCUUUCUCCUUCAUCUUUUGGUAUUGCUGCUAGUGAUCUUCAUCAAAUAUUUUAAAGCACACCGCAUUCAUGGAGUAAAAGGAAAAGUGGGGUACACCAGUACAUGUAUCUAUUUGUAGUAAGGGAAACGUGGUGCCCAAGAAUCAGCAGAGCUAGCUACCCUGAAACAGCAAACAAUGGAGGAGGAAGGGUCAUCCAAAGACUCCAUCUUUGAGGAGAGAGAGGAGUUAAUGGUAUCACCCACAGGCGGUUCGCCAAUCUUCAGACCUGCCCGGUUUCUAAAACCCACAGCUUUCGCCAUUGACGGCCAGAGGCCAAAGCUCCCUUCCUUGCCAUUCUCCUCCGAAGCAGAGUGGCCUCUUGAGCUGUCAUUCUGUGGGUGGAGGGGCCCGCCAAAUUUGUGGAGGAAAUGGGUCACUUCCAUGCGUGCCAAACAUCUCUCUGUGUGGAAAUCAGCUGGGAUCGAUGAAGCCAUCAUGGGUUCUGUGUAUAAAAUCCACAGAAAUGAAAAACUGGUUUUGGGGCUAGCGGAGAGAUGGUGUUCCCAGACGAACACCUUCGUGUUCGCCUGGGGAGAAGCCACUAUCACUCUAGAAGACAUAAUGGUUCUUGGAGGCUUCUCUAUUUUGGGCGGCCCUGUAACAUUGUUCACUCUUCAAGAACCUGACUUGAAAGAAACCCAAAACAGCCUUGAAAGAUCACGACACGAUUUGGAAAGAUUGAAGCUAGAUAAUCAUGCUAAAUGGCUGAAACUUUUCAUGGACAGUGGGAGUGAUAUCGAGCACGAGGCGUUCCUAUCACUCUGGCUGUCCAGGUUUGUUUUUCCGGGGAAUAAUCUUGACAAGAUUGACAAAGAUGUUUUCCCUGUCGCGGUUCGCCUAGCUCGAGGGAUCAGGAUUGCACUUGCUCCACCUGUUCUGUGUAGCAUAUAUAGGGAUAUGAGUUUAUUGAGAGAAACUAUGGAAAUGAUUUCUUCAUCUGGGGAAAAUUGUGAGUGUGAUGUUUUUGCACUCACACUUGGGGCACCCUUGCAGUUUGUGCAAAUUUGGGGUUGGGAGAGGAUAAUUCCAUUGAGGCCACCUCCAAAUUGCAUUGAACCAGGGGAGGUGAGAUUAGCUAGAUGGCAUAAUCUGAAAGAUUUUAGUAAGAGUAUGAAUGUGAGGACAAGUAUUGACUCUGCUGCAGAGACAUUUCUGUGGAGGCCAUAUGUAUUGGCUGUAGAUAAUUGGAAAAUCCCCAAGUUCUACAAGGAAAAAGAACAGUUUGGGGAGGAUUUGAGUGAAGAACUCAAGUCUUUUAUGUACUGCUUAAGGGUGUCUCAACUUGUUGGGGUAGAUUGCAAUGAACCAUAUCGCCCUAACCGGGUAGCUAUGCAGUUUGGGUUUGAUCAAGACAUUCCCGAAUGGAUCCCUCGUUCGAAUAAACCUGGUGAAGUUGCUUGGUGUGAAUAUAGCAGGCCAAUCGGAAUGGUGAAUAUCCCACCUAGGUUGCUGGAAUCUGAUGUAACAGCAAGGUAUUUGGAAUGGUGGAGGAAAUCUGUGUUGUUGCUUCCAUUUGAUGCUAAUCAGGGCAUGUUGCAAGGUAGAAGAAGUCCAAGGGAAGCAAAGAGAUUUCUGAAAAACUCCAAACAAAAGAACAGUAAUGUCAUUAAUGAGAAAGUAGAAAAUGGGCUUGAUAAUGUUCCACCAGGUUUUCCUCCCAAAACCAAUGUUUUAGAAGGGAAUGACCACAAUGCCAAUGAGAAAAUUUCAUCUUGUUUUGAUGGGCAUGCUGGAUUUCAUCUCGAGCAUUAUCCGGUAAAAGUGGAGUAUGAUGAUCUUGUAUUUCCAAAUGACAAUGAUAACUCUUCUGAGGUAUUGCAGGAUAGUAAAAUACAGAAAAGAAAUAAGGAGAACUUGCUAUCUUCUGAUGGUCCUCCUGGGUUUCCUCCAAGGCCCAGAUUAGUAGCUGUUGAGAAACACCAUGAAUCUGCAGAGGCAGAAAUGGAAGACUUGAGAUUGACAAAAGAAGAGCAAAGGGAUUGCCUAAAUGGAAGUAAGAUUCCAGGACCAGAUGAAAUUGAAGCUAGAAUUUCCAGGCUUGAGAAGUUAAUAGCUUGUCUAAAAAACAAACAUAGCUAAUAAUUAGUGACAAUAGGAUCUGAAACUCAUAUUGAAGCAAUGGUGCUUCUAUCCAACUAUACUUUCUCUUCUCAUUCUAGCACUCAAAUAGUGACUGUGGGUAUUUGAAGAUGAAUGGUCAAUAGUGAUAGUAUAAACUUGAUGCUUAUUCUUCCCUUUUUGCUUAAAAUUUCUAAUACAUACUAGUGAAGAUGUUACAAAGUUA